GCAUCCCUUGUGCCAAUGUUCCUGUAUUGUUGUCAUUUGUCUUUCUGCCCUACAUUUCCAAGUAUAGGACAGUUGCAUGUUUCGUCACCACCAGCUGUGUACAUUCAUAAAAUUAAGAUCCCAAUCGGCAAAACAUAUCAACCAAUGUGAUUCGCAUAAAACAGCCCAUGCCUCUAGAAAGCAUUGGAUUGCGCUAUACAACAUCGACUCAUUUCUAAGGAUUUAAACGGACUUUAAACGUCGUCAGUUGUUUAUUUUGUCUGUAAAGGGCGCUGAAAUGUCGACCGAGAAACAAAGCGCAACUGAGGAAAACCUACAGGGCUCCUGGGUGGAGCUCCAUUUUAAUGGAGGCAGCAGCACUCCUAAAGGAGGUGCAGAUGAGCAAAGUGCCAGCACCGCACCGAGCGGAGGAGACCUUGAGAAAAUGCUUUUAGAUGCUCAACAUGAGUCGGGAAGAAGCAGCUCAAGAGGGAGCUUACCAUGUGACAGUCCUCCAAGAUCCCAAACUCCUCUGCACUUGCGCAGGGGCUCAGAGGUCCACAGCUCUGGAGAAAAAAACAGCUCACAGUCAGAGGAAGACUAUCUGGAGAGGCGGAGAGAGGUGGAGACCCUGAUGAAGAAAAAUGCAGACUGGAUCUGGGAUUGGUCGAGUCGCCCGGAAAACCUGCCGCCCAAGGAGUUUUUGCUCAGGCACCCGAAGCGUUCCAGCACUCUCAGCAUGAGGAACACCAGUGUGAUGAAGAAAGGAGGAAUCUUCUCUGCAGAAUUCCUCAAAGUUUUCCUGCCGUCUCUCGUCCUCUCGCACAUCCUUGCUGUGGGUCUCGGGGUGUACAUUGGAAGACGUUUCACUACCUCUGGCACCAUUUGAAGGAACAGGAGAAAUCUCAAAACCACACAUCAACCAUCUCAGCUGCUUUAUCUCCAAUUAAUGCUUGCGUAGAUGCAGAAAGGACGAGGUCACAUGUCCUAUUUCCUCUCUCUGCCUGUGGCCUCGUUUCCCCUCGUGUAUUCGACUGGCCUUUCCCAUAGUUCUUCUCCUGACUCGACAUAUAAUUCCCCCGUCCACUUGGGGAAUGCCAUGCUAGGCCAGAUAGGAUUAGAUGUUAUGCCUUCUCAUAAUUUGAUAUCGUCCUGUAACUACAAAUAUUACAACAGGAUCAUAAGGAGAUAAUAAGAGAUGAAAGCGAGAAUGUAAGUUCAGAAAUGGUACAAUGGAAAGACAAGUGGAUCACAAGAUGCUGGAUUCUGAGUGCUCAAGAGAUACUCGAUACCUAGACUGUGAAUUAGGAAGAGGUUGUACUUAUAUUAUAAUGAAUCUUGACAAAAGAAUCAAUGAUAUCUUGUUAAGGCACCAUAUCUAUGUGCCUUAAGGUUGUUUAUACACUCAAUGUUUCAAGCACCAAAUUUGUUUUGGGAAUGGAGCAAAAUACAGUAUUAUUGUACUUGCAUAGUAAGCAGUACAUUUCCUCAGUACAGUUCAGACUGAUUCAUAUCGUGAAAAUACUCAAAAAUGUAAUUACUACAUCAUUAGAUGAAAUUGUUUUAAAGGUACAAAAUAUUUGAGAAAAAAUUGAAAUGUGUACUUACCAAAGUUUGUGUUGACCUGACUCAAGAAUGUCCUUGUCUGUUGUAUAUCUGAAAUGGUCAAGGUUUUAGUCCAAAGAUUGCCUUAUUGAAUCAGGCAGGGAGUAUAAGGGAAAAUCUGUGUAAUUUAUUGUAAUUCUGUUAAUGUUGUGCAUGUUUUGUUGUCCUUCAAAAAUCAAACUCAAUGUAGGCUAUGUAUCCGUUUCAUUGUGGUUUGGUAUCAAUGAAGGGACUCAACAGAAAUAAAUAUCUGCCAAUUGUAACACA